UUAUCCGGGAUAUUUUCUUUAUUCUUGUAGUUCAGUCAUGUUACCUCGUAUUGGCGUAUUUGGCACCAACUCUAUGGCUAAACUACUGGUCACUAUAUAUCAAAAGGCUGGCUUCGAGGUGACUUCCAUAUGCGGACGUACGGCCGAGAAAGCAGGCUCCGUUGCCGACGAGCUCAAAAUUCCCUUCUCAACGACGAAACUCGACGAAAUCCUCCUCAGGUCGGAUGUCGACCUCGUCGUCGUCAUCGCUCCGCCGACUUUGCACGCCGAAAUUUCCGUCAAAGCUCUCAACGUGGGAAAGCACGUAAUUACUCAAAACCCGCCCGGACUUAAUUUUUCCGACGCAGAAAAGAUGGUCACAGCGGCUCGAUAUUAUCCUACUCUCCUCUCAGCGUUGGACAACAGACUCCGCUUUCUACCGGCUGUUUUAAAAAUGCGCGAAAUGGUGGAAGAUGGCUAUUGCGGUGAGAUUUUCCUUGCAGAGGCGAGAUAUUAUCGACCUCCGUAUAUACGUAAGGGAUACUUAUAUAGCUGGCUGUGUGACGAUUCUGCGGGUGGAGGAGCUCUCAGUCUUGGUGGAAGUCAGAUGAUUGAUAUUUUGGCUUUCGUCAUGCAACAGAAAGGAGUAGAGGUCAACGGUUUUCUGCAGACGUUUGUCAGAGAGACCAGUCGCAUACAAGGAUUUCGUUAUAUCACAAGUGAUGAUUUCUGCACUUUUCAGAUGAAAUGUAGCAAAGGUGCUUGUGCUACUGUGACGAUCAACUGUCAAGUGCAGAGCUUGUAUCAGAUAGAAAUAAUGGUGAUUGGAACAAAAGGUCGAUUGGUCGUUCGAAACUCGGAACUUUAUGGUCUGCUGAACGAAGAGAAGAGAGAGAAACUGAUUGUAAAGGAAGACAAGAAUUUGGGACUGACUGGUCUGGAUGAGCCAGAGCUGUUGAAGCGUGUAUCACUUCCAUUCCUAAGGAGUGCAGUUCUUAGCACACUUGCAUUAAAGUCGGCGUUCAGUAAACAAGACGAUAGAAUGAUGUUGGAUCCGACAGCAGUUAAAAUGAUGGCCUCGUUUGAGGAUGGUAUGUACGUUCAGGCUGUUGUUGAUGCUGUGAGAGAGUCAAGUAGACAAAAGAAGUGGACAAAAGUCAUUGUGGCUGAUCAGACAAGAGCAGUGAAUCCAUUUUGGACUGCUCCCGAUAGGGUUGAACGCUCGUCACCGCUGAUGAUGCAUAGAGCAGCUGUACAAGGGCAUUAGUUAAUUUGUAUGGCAGCUUAGUAUUUUGUGACCCUUUAAGUUGGAUGUGUACAUUCUGCUAUGUACAUUUAGUUUAUUCAAAUAGUAAAUUAUAAUUAAAGCCCAAAUUCAUCCGUGAGCAAA